CCAUCAUCUAUUAUUAUCUCUGUCUAUCUCAAUAAUGGCUUCUUAUUAUUUUCACCUCCUCCUCCUGUCCCUACUCCUACUCCGCCGCGUCCACACCGCAUCCGCCCGCGGCGGCGGCUCUUUCUACAAAUUCACCAACUAUGACGGUCCUGCUUCACCGGUGCAGAUGAUGGACACAUCCUCCGAUGAUUUGCCUAGCUUCACUCAAGAAAAUGAAGAGCUUUAUAAUAAUAAGUACAACAAUAACCAGCAUGACGACACUCCCCCGUCUACAGCGCCGCCGCCGCCGCCCACAACCGCCGCGGCCAAAACUACAAAACUCCCGUGGAACGUCAAAGGCGAUGCAUACGUCACACCCGCGAAGCCAACCGAGGAGGACAUUGCUAAUCAUAAUUAUUAUAAUAAUUAUGCUCAAAGCACCCGCUACAGUGCUACUAGAAACUUGCCGCACUUGCCCCACAGCCCCAACCCCAACCCCGCCGUGCCCGGAGCUUCAAAGCUCCCGUGGAACUACAACAAAGUUGCAUACAUCACAUCCGCAGAGCCAACAACUGAGAAGGCGGAGGAGAUUCCAAAGAAUUACUAUGCUCAAAGCACCAUAACCAAAUCGCCGCCGCCACCGCACACAACCGCCGCCGCGGCCAAAACUAGAAAGCUCCCGUGGAACUACAACGAAUAUGCAUACAUCACAUCCGCGGAGCCAACAGCUGAGAAGGAGGAGGAGAUUCCUAAUUAUUAUGCUCAGAGCACCCGCGGCGGCGGCACCACCACUGAGAUACGUGAGACACCGCCCCUGAACCUCCCGUCCUACAACAGCAACUAUUACCGCCAGAAGGAGACGGAGGACGACGAGAGAAGCGCCGCCGUGGCCAAGAGCAAUAAGUACUAUUACUAUAAGAAUUACUUCCAGAACAAGCAGCAACCCCAGGGGAUGAGUGACAACAGAUAUGGACCAAACAAAAAGUACUUCACUAAAACUAAUAACUAUGAUGAUCCUACUGCUGCAAACAUAUUUGAUGAUGAAGACGACUUGCCAUGAUCAUCGUCGUCGUCAUUCAUAUAUCCUUUGCAUGCAUGCAUGGCGUACGUAUGUCUUCUUUUAAUUUUAUGAUCUUCCUUCUCGAUCAUUAUAUUGUGGUCUGCUACCAUUUUUAUUAUAUAAUGUUGUCCAGUUGUACGUGUGUUUUUUUGUGUGUGUUUGAUGUGUAAUCUCUGGGUCUUUUGA